UUCCUGUCUCCGUCAUUUCCUCAUUCUCCCCGUGACUCGAAUCGGAAAAUAAACUGAACUAUUGCCGGCGAGACUGUGUUUCUAUUUCUCUCUCUCUAUAUAAAUUGUUAGACUUGAAUCUCGUCGGAAUGAAAUCUUCACUGGGGAAGCUGCGGAAAUUUGGUCUCCUCAGGAGUGAUGACAAGGAGAAGAAGGAGCGUCAACAUAUGUUGCGUUUGAAUGAGCUCGAUCAAGCUUCACAGCUCUUACUGUACCAGGAUAUGCAAGACAUGAGAAGUUGCUAUGACAACUUACUUUCUGCAGCUGCUGCAGCCACAAAUAGUGUAUAUGAAUUUUCGGAGUCACUGCAAGACAUUGGCACUUGUUUUCUGCAGAAGCCUGCAUUGAAUGAUGAUGAUGAAAGCUAUAAACUAUUAUCUAUGCUGGGAGACGCUCAGUUUGAUCUACAGAAACUUUUUGAUAGAUAUGUGAGUCUUUUAUCUUGUGGUCAUCUACUUCUGACCAAUCACAACCCCUCAGAGUCUCUACUGAAAGACCUUCGAACAGUGGAGGAGAUGAAGCUACAAUGCGACGAGAAAAGAAAAAUAUAUGAACAUAUUGUGGCUCAAUAUCAAGAGAAAGGGAAGUCCAGAAGUGGAAAAGGGGAGAGUGUAUUUUCACAACAAUUAAAAGCUGCUCGUGAUGAAUAUGCUGAGGUGGAAUCCGGUAUAUUUCGAUUGAAAUCUUUGAAGCAAGGGCAAUGGCGCAGUUUGUUAACGCAGGCAUGCUCGUCAUCAGCUGCUCAGAUGAGUUUCUUUAAGAAUGGGCUUAAAUCACUUGACGCCAUUGAGCCUCUUUUGAAUAGAGUCACUAAAAAGCAACACAUAGACUAUCAACUUGAUGGAUUUGAAGAUGUAGGAAAUGGGACGAUGUACAUGUUAAUAGCUAUGGUAGCAUGGUGAUGAGGAGUAUGUUUUGUCUAUAGAGGAAAAUAAGCAAGUAUCUGAUGCCAUUUCUGGAUCAAGGAAUUCUACUGAAGGAAAUCAGCCUUUGAAGGUUGAAUCUCGGUGGAGCAGCUAUUCUGCACCAAUAUUUCCAGAGAAAAAGUUCAAUCCGGGAUACAAAUCAGAGACUUGCCUCAAGUCCCUGCAAGGAAAUCUCACUCUUAUGUAUUACCCACACCCGAUGAUGCAAAAAAAUAGAAUUCGGUUAGAGCAAUAGCUCAGUUCCAAAUCAAGGCCAGUAAGUAACAUUAGUGGCAGCUCCCACCAGUCUCAGUGGCACUCAUCUCCAUUGCAGCAACCUCAAAAAGAAGGGAAAGAUUUCAUAGAUGUCAACCCCUUAGGUUCUGUUAACUCAAAAUCAAAAGUUAAAGCGAGUAGUUAAUACACACUCCCCCCUAGCGUAUUGUUUCCUUCACUCCCAGGAUCCUCUGAUGGUAAAAAGCCGAAGAGGCAAGCCUUUUCUGGUCCACUUUCAAACAAAGCUGCCUCAGGUGCAAAACCCUUUAUAUCUGUAAGUGGCCCAAUCUCCAUAGUGAACUUCCUCCCAAAUAACUUCCGGGGGGAUGCUUCUCUCUCGAGUACCUGUUUCUAUUUCACCGAAAGUAUCUCCUGCUUCAUCACCUCGAUUGCAUCUUCACCAAAAAUAAGUGAGCUUCAUGAGCUUCCGAGGCCUCCUCCAAGUGGUGGUAAAUCAUCAGGAGUGGUGGUCGUCCCCCCCCAAGCCGGUAGCUUCUUUAAGUGGGUAUUCUGGUCCGUUGAUCCUCAAGAAUCAAGAACCGCCACCUCCUCUAAAUAAAAGCAGCCAUGUUACCGCUUUCAGUAAUCCAAACCCUCUGCCAAUUCCUCCUCCGUCUGUCAUCGUAGCUUCUCAAUACCCUCCAACAAUCAGAGGGCUAUGGCAACUCACGUGGCCAAACUAUUGGAAUCUCCUCAACACUGUGAGAAAGCUGCGGAAGUAAGUUCACCUCCGUUGACUCCUAUAUCUCUUUCGAAAAUCAAGCCAUUGUUAUACGGAUCAGAAGUAGAUUCUCAGUGGGAAGAACAACUCAGAAGAAGUCGUCAGCUGAUUUGAUGGGUUUUCUUUCUUUCUUUCUUUUGUUUGAUUUGAUCUAGUUGUAAGAGAGGGGUCUCUGUAUGUAAAUAUGAGAUUCAUGUAUUUUGGUGAAUCAAUGUUUUGCCAGUUGGGUGGUGGUCAGGUCCUCCUCCAAUUUUGUGCUUAUGGAAUUUUAACAUUUAUAUAUCAUCCUUCACUUAUUCA